UGAUUCCGCCUACAAGGAUGCCAUUUUUAUAUCACCGCACAAAUUUAUUGGUGGACCACAAACUCCAGGUAUCCUGGUGGCCAAGAAAUGGUUGUUCCAGAACCCAGUACCUCAUGGAGCUGGAGGGGGCACUGUUGUUUUUGUGCGCCGGACUGCCCAUACUUACAGCAGCAACGUGGAACAUCGUGAAGAAGGAGGUACUCCAGGCAUCAUCGAAUCCAUUCGGGCAGGUCUUGUGUUUAAGCUGAAGAUGUCCUUCACACCCCAGUUUAUCAUGGCUAGAGAGCGGCAGUUGUUUAA